AAAGGACAAUAUUAGUGAGUAGGUAUGACAAAUGCAAUUCUAGCUGUCAGAUAUUUUCAUCAAAUAAUAAUAUAUUUGCUAUAUAAUAUUACUUGUAUAGAAGUAGUUGAAAGUUAGUGGUGUGCGUGUGUUUUUUUCCUUUAAAAAAAAUUGUUGUUUCUUUAUUGUAUGAAAAUGGCUUUGCAAAAUAUUUUUUUGUUAUCAAAUCGCUCAACACUAAACUUAAAAGAAGCCAUUAAAUUACUUAAAAAACCAAAUUUAAACAAUGAUGACGUAGUGCAGUGUUAUAACUUAGAAGCAAAACCAGGUUUGUGGUAUAUGUGUGCAUACAAUCAAAGAUCUAAAGACGGUAUUGAAUGGCAAUCAACAGGUACUCGUUCAUUGCCUAAUGAAAAAAAUCCCACCGUACUGGCCGAAUACUUUUCAUUCGAAAAAUUGAAUAAAAGUGUAUUUAGACUAACGAAUACAAACGAUAUUGUCUUGGUUAACUAUUCAGAUUUGAACUCUACAGUUGAGAAAACAAAAAGAACACAUACUUCUAAAAAAAAAUCUAUCAAAAAUAUUAUGAAAAGCCGUUUCAAACUAAUAAAAAAAAAUAAUAAUUCUGUUUCUAAUGAAGUAAUUAAACAUGAAUCCACAGAAAAAUAUGUCAGCAACAAUUUUGGACAAUAUUUAGGAGAUGAUGGUUCCCUUCCAGGAGGUUCCACCUUUGUGCAGUCUACAGCCCAAAUAGUAAAAUCUGCUCCGAGUGCUCCGACUUUAUCGCAAUUCAAUGAUGGUGCCGUUAGUAAUGCAUUAUCCAAUGAAGAUAGUCUGAUUCAACAAUCUGUUUACCCUAAUAUUGAAACUAUUAUUAUGCAUGAUGAAAAUAAUUUAGAAAUAAGUGGUAUCAAUGCAAUUAAUGAAGUCAGUUCUUACGAGGUUGUUAAAGAAAAUCUUAGCGCAGAGAAUACGUUAAAAAAAUAUACUGGUAGGCGUAUCGUUGAUAUGAUGUUUAUAUUCAAACAAAUAAAAAAAAGUCGACACAUAGGUGGUUUCGGUUGUACUUUUUUGGAUAUGCAAUUUGUAUCCGAAAAGCAGAGUGGUUUUAGGUCUUCGUUCAAGUUUGCAUGCGAAAUGUGUAACUGUGAAUUAAUCAUUUAUUCAGAAGAAAAGGUGCCUUCUUCAUACAUUCCAAUAAAUGAAGCAAUUGUUAGUGGUACAAUUGCAGCUGGUAUUGGGUAUUCACAGUUGUCAGAAUUAACAGCAUCAUUAGAUGUUCCUUGUAUGUCAAACACCACAUAUAACGUAGUUCUUUCUAAAAUGGGUGAUACAAUACACGAUGCUGCAUUACAAGAGAUGAAACUAGCAGGGGAGGAGGAAAGAAAGUUUGCUAUUGAAACUGGUUGUUUUGAUGAUGAUGGUGUACCAAUGUGUACUGUGAUCGCUGACGGACAAUGGUCAAAACGAUCUUAUAAGACCAAAUAUGACGCAUUGUCUGGAGUUGCUACAAUAAUAGGUUACAAAUCAAAAAAAAUUUUGUUUAUUGGUAUACGUAAUCGCUAUUGCGUAGUAUGUCAAAGAGCUGCUAAUAAAAAAACAACUGUACCUGACCAUACGUGUUUUUUAAAUUGGACUAAAGGAGCAACUAGUAUGGAAGCUGAUGCAAUAGCUGAAGGAUUCAAACGAAGUGUAGAAAUGCAUGGUCUUAAAUUCAAUAAAUUAAUCGGUGAUGGAGAUUCUAGUGUCACUAGACGAUUACGUGAAUUAAUGCCAUAUGGACCUAAUCUAUUAGUUGAAAAAAUUGAAUGCCGCAAUCAUCUAUUGCGUAAUUACGGAACUAAAUUAGCUGCAAUGAUUAAAAAUACUAAUUAUCCUAUAACAUUGAGAAAUCACAUAAAAAACAAUCAAUUACGAUUUAGAUUUGCUAUUACUAAAGCAAUUGAGUAUCGUAAUAAAUUGGAAAAUCAAACAAAAGCUCAAAAAAUAUUUGGUUUAAGAAGAGAUAUAACGAAUAGCUUUUUACAUAUUCUUGGCGAUCAUAAGCAAUGUGAAAAAUACUUUUGUAAUGGUUCAAAAUUGAAUGAAAUUAAUUAUUUUUCAUUAGCAAACAAAUCGGGUCUUCUACAAGAAUUUAGUCAAAUUGUUAGUCGUUUAGCUAACAAUGCAGACAGCUUAUUAAUGAACGUAGAUAAUAAUAUCUGCGAACAAUUUAACAGUGUAAUAAAUAAACAUCUAUCUGGAAAACGGAUUAAUUUUUCACAAAGGCAGUCCUACAAUAUACGAGUAGAAGCUGCUGUAUUGUCACAUAAUACUGCAGGGAAAUAUAUACGUAGUAUUCAUAAGAGUAUUGUGAAUGAUAUCAGUCCUGGUAAUAUAGGUAAAAAGUUUUUAGAGUCAAAAACGAACAAGAUGCAAAAUACACGUAAACGAAAACUAUUUCAAGAACAUAGACCUAAAAAUGUAGCAAGUUCUGGUCCAGACCAAAAUUAUGGACUAGUAGAGACUUUAAUUGACGAUAUAACACCCGAAGAAAUUAAUAAAAGAAAAAAAACUUUUUUAGAUACACUUAAUUUAACUCCGUCCAAUAGAUUGGCAUUAGAAUUUGAAACGAGAAUUCAAUCAAAUUCUCAAAGGUGGCAUAAAGAAAGACGUAAUCGCUUAACAGCAUCAAACUUUGGACGCAUAUGCAAAAUGAGAACAUCAACAUCUUGUAAAAAUACUGUUUAUGAUCUAUUGUAUAGAACUUUCACAUCAAAAGCCACAGAGUAUGGAAAAUUAAUGGAAUCGGUAGCCAUUAAAGAAGCAGAAAAAAAAAUUGGACAAACAAUAAAUACAUGUGGACUUUUCAUUGAUGUCAACCAACCAUUUUUAGCUGCUUCUCCUGAUGGGAUAAUAGGUGAAGAUAGUUUAGUGGAAAUAAAAUGUCCGUUUUUAGCAAAAGAUUGUGACAACUAUGUAGAAGCCUUAAAUGAAAAAAAGCUACCCAAUUGUACGUUAGUUCAUGGCGAAUUGCGUUUAAAAACUAGUAGUAAUUAUUACUACCAGGUGCAAGGACAAAUGCAUAUAUGUCAAAAAAAAAUGUUAUUUUGUUACUUACACCAAUAAAUGGUUAAAUAUCGAGUGCAUAACCUACGAUGAAGAAUUUUGGCAGAAACAAAUGGAGACUAAGUUAGAAAAUUUUUACAUGAAUUGCAUAUUACCAGAAAUCAUAAAUCCACAGUAUGGUAAACGCCUAUUGGUAGACGAUAUAAAAGACCCAAAAGAAGACAGAAAAUAAUCAAUAUAAUACAAUAUACAUCUACGUCAAUACUCC